AUGUUCGAUCGAGGACAGGAAUACCCACAGUCUAUUUUCCAAGGGAGAUUUUUACUCACUAAGCUCAUUGGAAAGGGUGGCUUUGGUGAGGUGUAUGAAGGAAUCCAAACAUCUAACAAUGAUGCGGUUGCCAUCAAAAUGGAAAGGAAUACCGGAAAACCCUCCUUUCUCUUUCACGAAGCUCACGUCAUACAAGAUAUACAAAAAGUUCGUUCUCAGGACGGCAUUGCAGCAAUCGCCACCCUCAAGUACUAUGGGCAAGAGGGAGACUACAGAGUAAUAAUCAUGACUUUACAUGGCCCUUCAUUGGAAUCUAUUUUGGAAAAAAUGAAGCGCUUCUCUCUAAAGACCACUGUUAUGCUUGCUGACCAAAUGUUGACGCGUUUGGAGCAUGUGCACUCAGUUGGUUAUAUUCAUCGAGAUCUUAAGACAGAUAACUUCCUUCUAGGGAAAGGUGUGAAUUGUCAGCGUAUUUUCCUGAUUGACUUUGGGCUUAGCACUAAAUACCGCACCUCCAGCUGCGGCCAUCGAGAAUUAGUGACAGGCAAAAGCUUUCUGGGUACGUCACGAUUUGCUUCCUUGAACACACAUAAAGGCCUUUCACAGAGUCGUCGAGAUGACAUGGAGCAACUUGUAUACAUAAUGACUUAUAUGUAUCGUGGCCGUUUGCCAUGGACGGGUCUCAAUAUAAAAGAUUAUGAUACAAAAGAGAAGCAUAUUGGAAAGCUCAAGGAGCAGGUGCCAGUAAAUGAAAUUUGUGCCAAGUGUCCCCGUCAGUUCAGUUACCUUUUGUUCUACGUACGGAAUAUGGCCUUCACUGAGACUCCGCACUACGAAAUGUGUCAUGCUUUACUGCACUCAAUUCUUGAAGAAAUGGACCCCCCUGAGCAGAUCGAUAAUAUAUUCGAUUGGGAUCCGCGUGCCAAGGAGAUUAAGAAGCCUGAUUCGUUGCAAGACGGUACUCCCCUUCGUAUAAACAUUGCUGAGAAAAAGACUUCGUCACAAGCGAUUGAUGGUCUAGCAAAUAUAGUCAGCAGUGCGAAGGCUCAAGGUAUGCCGUCCGGGAAUGGAACUCAUAAUCAGCCACAAAAUAUUGUCAGUAUUGGCAAUCGUGAGUAA